AUGAUUCAACGGGAAUAUCAAAUGAACAACGGGUUUAGUACAGGAGAAGAAGAUUCCAGAGGUAAUUCUGAUCAAAUAUGUUGCCUUGUGGAUGACAGUGACCGAUGUAGGCGACUUGCUGGCAACGCGUCAUACAGCAAGCGAAUACAAAAGACUGUGGCCCUAAAGAGGCUCAAACUAAAUAUUGAUCAUCAGGCUAGGCACACAUACAUUUGUGAUUACCAUAAAACAAUGAUUCAGUGUGCUCGCACCAAGCAGAGAAGGAACAAAGACUCGGAGGAUGACAGUAAUGAGGCAGAAAUAGAUUCUCCUGAGGUAGACUGGUUUCAAUUACAAGUGAAUACAUUAAGGAGGUACAAGAAGCAUUACAAGGUGCCCACAAGGCCAGGACUUAAUAAGUCUCAAUUAGCUGACGUAAUACAAAAGCACUUUAAGUCUUUACCAGUCAAUGAAAAGGAGAUUAUAACAUAUUUCAUUUAUAUGGUGAAAACUAAUGGUAAUAAAUUAGAUCACAAAAAUGGAAUGAAUUCUGACUCUUUGUAA